UCUCUUAUAAAGCAUCACCGACCUCCAUUUUCCUUCGUCCUCUCAAUCAAACAAACGCUUUCCCACAUCUCCCUUGUGACGCUCAGACAGGUAAUAGAAGAUGGCAGAUGGUGAGGAAAUUCAGCCGCUCGUUUGCGAUAAUGGAACUGGAAUGGUCAAGGCUGGGUUUGCUGGAGAUGAUGCUCCACGUGCGGUGUUCCCUAGCAUUGUAGGUCGUCCCCGUCACACCGGUGUGAUGGUUGGCAUGGGCCAGAAAGACGCCUAUGUUGGUGAUGAGGCUCAAUCCAAGCGUGGUAUCUUAACUCUGAAAUACCCGAUUGAGCACGGUAUUGUGAGCAACUGGGAUGACAUGGAGAAGAUCUGGCAUCACACUUUCUACAACGAGCUUCGUGUUGCCCCUGAAGAACACCCUGUUCUCCUAACUGAAGCUCCUCUCAACCCCAAAGCAAAUCGUGAAAAAAUGACCCAGAUCAUGUUUGAGACCUUCAACACCCCUGCUAUGUAUGUGGCCAUUCAAGCCGUUCUUUCUCUAUAUGCCAGUGGCCGUACAACUGGUAUUGUGUUGGACUCUGGGGAUGGUGUCAGCCACACCGUUCCUAUCUACGAGGGUUAUGCCCUCCCUCAUGCCAUUCUUCGUCUUGACCUGGCUGGCCGAGAUCUCACCGACCACUUGAUGAAAAUUCUUACAGAGCGUGGGUACUCCUUCACUACCACUGCUGAACGGGAAAUUGUUAGGGACAUGAAGGAAAAAUUGGCUUACAUUGCUCUCGACUUUGAGCAAGAGAUGGAGACUGCCAAGACCAGCUCUGCAGUUGAGAAGAGCUAUGAGUUGCCAGAUGGACAGGUCAUCACAAUCGGUGCCGAGCGUUUCCGAUGCCCAGAAGUUCUUUUCCAACCAUCCAUGAUAGGCAUGGAAGCUGCAGGCAUUCAUGAAACUACCUAUAACUCAAUCAUGAAGUGCGAUGUUGAUAUCAGGAAAGACCUUUACGGUAACAUUGUCUUGUCUGGUGGUUCAACCAUGUUCCCGGGCAUCGCUGACAGAAUGAGCAAGGAAAUUUCUGCCCUUGCACCAAGCAGCAUGAAGAUCAAGGUGGUGGCGCCGCCCGAGAGGAAAUACAGUGUCUGGAUUGGAGGCUCUAUCUUGGCAUCACUUAGCACCUUCCAGCAGAUGUGGAUCGCAAAGUCGGAGUAUGAUGAGUCCGGGCCUUCAAUUGUUCAUAGGAAGUGCUUCUAAGCGUUUGGGAGUAGGAUCAUUGAAAGAGAGAGGGAGAGAAGCGAGUACUACUGUUUUUAUUUCUUGGACAAAAAGUGCAGUUCGCGGAAGGCUGAUAUUCUAGCUCUGUUAUCGUUUCAUAAUAUGUUGUCGUCAUUUUGGAUUUUCUUCAGAAGCGUGGAGUUAAAUGAUCCAAUCUCUUUUUAAAUCGUUUGUUUUGAUAAGUUUUUGUUGUUUACUAUCAUGCAAACUUUUUGUUUUUGUCAGCCCAAGAUGCCUAAGUUAUUUAUGAACCUCUUAGGAGCAGCGGCUUGUUAAAUGGUAUUUUGAUUCGUUAUUAAUGUAUUGAUCCAAUAAAA